AUGCAUACUUUUCCUGCAAAGAGAUCUGAUAUUCACCGACAAUGGGUUGCUUUUGUGAGAAGAAAACGCAAAGAUUGGGAGCCGACUCGUCACACAGUGUUGUGCAGUGCCCACUUCGAGGAGGAUUGUUUUCCACUGAAAUUCCGGUUAGGACUGUUAGAAUCAAGUGGGAAGACUGUGAAGAGGACACUAGAAGAAGAUGCCGUCCCUACUAUUUUCAAUAGUGCAACGACACCGACCAUGCCGACACCGACCAUGCAGACAUUUCAUGGGAAACGUUCCUCAAGCCCAGAGACUGAGUUGACAACACCGAAGACUGUGAAAAGGCCUAGGUCGGCAUUCGUUAAAAUGGACAUCCAACGUUUGAUCAGAGAGUAUGAAGAACGUGAGCCAGAAGAUGCUUCAUGUCCACAGGCACCGACACAUAUUGAAGAAGAUGGAGGUAACUGUUGUCUCAGAGGAGCCUAA